AUGGUCUUUUUUGACCUACGAGCCUUUGCUCGUCAACUUCGUGCCCUCAUUUACAAGAAUCUUCUCGUUUCAGUUGUUAGACACCCCAUCGGGUUCCUCCUCUCCGUCUACGGAAUUCCUCUCGCUAUUCUCGCCGUCCUCUGUUCCAUCCCUUCGUUUCUCUCGUCCUCGAAUGUCUUCGGCGUCGCCUCUCCUGCCCCCAUCAAGAGCCUCCCUGAAACUAUCCACGGCAAACUCGUCGUCGUGAAGCCACCGCGGCUCGGCCCAGACGUGGAUCAUGUUGUCAACACCUUCACCAAUGGCAUCGACAGGGAUAAGCUGCUGUUCCUCGACGACGAGUCCUACCUGACGACCGUGUGCCUCGCCAACCUGCGCGGAGUGAGCGACUGCCACGCUGCCGUCACCUUUAUCGACUCGCCCCUGACCAAUAUCACCGUCAAGGAUAGCCAGAGCGACCACCAUACCUGGCAGUAUGUGAUUCGCGCGGACCCGGCUCGAGAUGAUACACACUUCAACGCCAAGGGGCACAAGAGCGAUCAGGAGAACCUCUACCUCCCGCUGCAACUCGCCAUCAACAAUGCUAUCACCAACUCGACUGAAGUCCCAGAGGUGUUCAUGUUCACGGCCGAGACACAGGAAGAGCAGGACCUUCUGCACCGGAAGGAUUCAGUCCAGCUCAUCGGUCAGGUCUACGUCUUUGCCCUCUUUGCGUGCUACUUCUUCAUCAUAUACCGCUUCACUGGUCUCAUUACUGCGGAGCGAGAGUCUGGCAUGUCACAGUUGGUUGAUGCCAUGGGUGGAGGCAGCGCAGUUGCUGCUCGUGUGCUCAGUUGGCUAAUCGUCUUUGACGUGCUGUGUCUUCCCUGUUUCAUUGCCUUUGGUGCUCUAUAUGGACAUCUUAUGUUUCCUACCUCAAGUCUUGUCUCGGCCAUCUAUGUCAUGGGUGCCUUUCUCCUCCUGUCAGUCGCAGCUCAGAUAUACAGCUUUCAGCUCCAUCCCAAGCCGCAGUUUAUUGGAGCUCUCCUUCUUUCGUUAUUCUUUCCCAGCUCGAACCAUGUCUUCUUUACGCAACAGAUGUGCCUUUGGGAGUUGAAUAGUACAAGUGCAGUACUUGACCAGAUCCCCCCUGAGGAUGCUGGUAUCAACUCCCAGUCCUACAACGUCACACAGCAGAUGAUGCUGGGCUUCCUCGCCAUACACAUUAUCGUGUACCCCAUCGGAGCUAUACUGGUUGAGCAUUUCAUGCACGGUAUUGACUUCCGCAAGAGAACAUUUGCUAGGAACGCCGCAACCGUGGAAGGGGUUGUCGCUGCAACCUUUGACCUCAAGAAACGCUUCGUUCCCAACUUUCUGGAGCGAAUGUUUUGCUGCGGAAAGCGACGCCCUGUUACUGCUGUUGAUGGAGUCAGUAUUCAGGGGCACCGGGGUCAGAUUCUAUGCCUUGUUGGGCCAAAUGGAUCUGGAAAGACGACCACGUUACAUAUGAUGUCUGGGUUCAUAACGCCAACGGAGGGAUCGGUUCGACUUGAUGCCCUCCCUUCGCAGAUUGGUCUCUGCCCCCAGCGGAACACUCUCUGGGAGGAGCUCACUGUUGCGGAGCAUGUGCAAUUAUGGAACCAGAUCAAGGCAGGACGUGAGUCAUCGACGGAGCUCGACGAACUUAUCACGGCCUGUGACUUGGAUCUCAAGCGUAACAGCUUGGCUGGAACCCUCAGUGGAGGCCAGAAGCGCAAGCUCCAACUUGCCUGCAUGUUUGUUGGCGACUCUUCUGUAUGCCUUAUCGACGAGUGUACCUCUGGCUUGGAUCCUCUAUCACGCCGAGUCAUCUGGGAGAUUCUACUUCAGCAACGGUCUAAGCGGAGUAUCAUCUUUACAACACAUUUCCUCGACGAGGUCGAUGUCCUCGCUGACCACAUUGUCAUCCUGUCCAAGGGUAAAGUGAGAUGCCAGGGAGCUGCCGCAGAGCUGAAGAACCUUCAUGGUGGUGGAUAUAGGGUUCUCGCGCCGUCUUCGGCCCCCAGACUCGACCUUCAGUAUCCCACGACGAUGCACCAAGACCGCAUCAUCUACACAACCCCUGAUUCCCGUUCUGCCGCUGAGCUCUGCUCCUUCUUGGACUCUAGGGGGGUCACAGAUGUCUCCAUCUCCGGCCCCCAAGUCGAGGAUGUCUUCCUUCGCGUGGCAGAUGAGCCGGAACUUGAACUCACCGAGAACCGCACCGCAGCAUCCGAAUCCGGUUUCGAGAUGACCCCUGGAGAGGCCACCAGCUUCUGGGCUCAGGUCAGGAUCCUGUUCCGGAAACGAUUCACUGUUCUUAGGAGGUUCUGGUGGCCGUACCUCUAUGUCCUGGCCCUUCCUCUCAUCAUCACGCCUCAGUUCAAGAAUCUUCUCAUAGAGUACAAGCAGCCUUCUUGCGCCACGAUCAAGCCGGAGCUCAACCCCCCUCAAGCGCCUACUCUCUCUUGGACACAGAACUGCGUCGACUACGGCUGUGAUACUCUCGCCUUGGCUCCUCCUUCUGCGAAUAACACGUUGUACAAUAUUGUCAAGGAGGGGUUUUACGAGGUUGAGCAGGUGAACCCUGAUCUCUACGAAGGAUUUCCAGUUCUUCUUAAGGACCGAAAGGCGUUCAUCGACUACAUCUCUGAGCAUAGAGGUGCCGGGCCAGGUGGAUUGUAUAUGGGAUCUGGGAAUGAAUCUCCUGUGCUUGCAUAUCGGCUAAAUACCUUUGGAAACCCCAGCGCUCCGAUGUUGAUGAGCCUCUGGAGCCAGAUGACGUCCAACACUCGUCGUGUAAGUUUGGCGUCAUUAUUAUUGGAUCAACAACUGCUAACCAAGGUACAGUCUGCCAACAAUAUUGGCGUUGUCUACGUCGUCUUCUUCACCUUGCUACAGACCAUCUACCCCGCCGCCUUUGUUCUCUACCCAGCUAUCGAAAAGGCUCGCAAGGUUCGAGCUCUUGAAUAUGCCAACGGAGUCCGAAGAGGUCCCCUUUGGGUGGCAUACGGCAUGUUUGACUUUAUAUUUGUCCUGGCGAUAUCCGCGGGUGUCACAGCUACUAUAAGCACCCAGUUGACCUGGAACGGGCCAAUAUGGAUAAUGCUGCCCAUCCUGGCGCUGUAUGGUCUUGCAGCAAUUCUCUUGGGCUACGUUAUUUCUCAUUUUGUUUCUGGGCCGCUCAAAUCCUUUCUGGCUAUGGCUGGAGUGAGUGUGCUGAUGUACGGCAUUGCUGCUAUCUCCUUUGCUGUCGGCUCCGGAUACUCCGAUGCGGCUCAGAUGGAUAAACUGACGCUUGGUAUCGCAUUUGGCGUAUAUCUCAUCUUGCCCAUCGGAAACGUCUUCAGGGCGCUACUCAUUGGUCUCAACGUUCUAGAGGUAGGCUGCAAAGAUGGUGAACCUACGCCUCCAGCAUCGAUCUACGGCUAUGGAGGCCCAAUUCUCUAUCUUGUCCUUCAGAUCAUUGUCCUGCUUCUCGUCAUUAUCUGGAUCGAAGGUGACAUUGCUCUGUUCCGUCGAAAAGGGGGUCAAUCCACCUCCUCUUUUGACUCGGAGAAGGAUGCUCGUUCUGCGGUCAGCGAUGAAGUCAAGGCUGAGGCGCUUCGAGUGGAGGGUUCCGAUUCAGAUCUUCUUCGAGCUCUUCACUUGAGCAAGACCUUUGGCUCCAACAAGGCCGUCGACGAUGUUAGCUUUGGCCUGCCUCAGAGCGAUGUCAUGGCAUUGAUUGGACCCAAUGGCGCUGGCAAGUCAACUCUUGUCAAUCUGAUUCAGUCUGAACUGUCGGCAGAUUCUGGAAAGGUCCUGCUUCGUGGCGAAGACGCAAGGACUCGUUCUGCACAGAAGUAUCUUGGAGUGUGCCCGCAGUAUGAUGCCCUUGAUCUCAUGAGCACCCAAGACCACCUCUCCUUUUACGCACGUAUCAAGGGCAUCAGAGAUGUCAAGGGCAACGUCAACCACGUCAUGAAGCGACUCAACCUAACCCCCCACGCUCACACGCUUGGCUCGAAGCUCUCGGGAGGAAACAAGAGAAAGCUCAGUCUUGCUAUUGCGUUGAUGGGCAAGCCUCCCGUUCUUGUUCUUGAUGAGCCCACGUCUGCAAUGGAUGCCGUUGCCAAGCGAGCCUUUUGGAAGAUUAUCCAAGAGAUUACCCCUAACCGAUCUUUGCUCCUCACUACGCACAGCAUGGAAGAAGCCGAUACCCUGGCCACCCGCACCGCCAUCAUCUCUCGACGCCUUCUCGCCGUCGGCACCACCCAGGCUCUGAGGAAGCGCUACAGCAACGUCUACUACGUGAGUCUCCUCUUGAAGACGGCACCAACCUCGACCGUAGAGGAGAUGGAGCAUGUGCGGAGCUGGGUCCUAGCAGCGCUGCCUGGCGCCCAGCUCGAACGAGACAUGCUCGGCGGUCAAGUCCGCUUCACUAUUCCCGGCGCAAGUCCCGUUGCCCGGGUUAUCGAGUUACUAGAGCGUUCCAAGGACGAAGUCGGUGUUGAGUAUUAUUCCAUCGGUGGAGCCACGCUCGAGCGAGUGUUUCUGAGUGUUGUGAGGGAGAAUAACGUUCAGGAAGAGGACGGGGUUGAAAAGGGCCGUUUCUGGAGAUUGCUCGGACUCAAAUAG